AUGAAUUCAAAUGGCAAAGCGAUUGUUUCCGGCGAUCUGAACGUCAAGCCCGAUGUCUCAGCCCCCGAGUCCAUAAAAAAUACCGGUGAACGCUCUCCUGGACUAAUCAUCCAACCCGGUAUCUUCUCCGUGUCCUCCCUAGCAUCUUCUCGUGUGUUUUUUGACAAUGAUGUUCAACCAACCAGAGACUACUUGACAUGGUGUGUGUUGGCUGCAAACGAGAAUGUUGCUAAUAGCAUUAAUGCUCAUGUGGUCACCAAGACUGAGAUGACUUCUAUUGGGGACCUAUUCUCCUAUAUGAAGAAGGGAGGAGCCAAGAUUGCUUAUUUUGAGUGCACCGCGACCAUUGAUGCUGUUGUUCAUGGAUCGGCCUGGUAUUACAUUGCCUGUGGAAGUUGCAAGACAAAGGCGACCAAAGGGCCAACCAGCCUUAUGUGUAAGAAGUGUGGUAAAGCUGAAGUUGCCAGAGUUGAAAAGUACCUGGCGAGUAUAUCUGUUUACGACAACAGUGAUCAAGCCAAUUUUGUUCUCCUUGGUGAUGCUGGGCGUGGCUUGACUGGGAAGGAAGCCUCAGAAUUGGUCCAGAGCUAUUUUGAGGAAAAUGAGGGCACCGGUGAUGAUCACGUAGUCCCAGUGCCACAAGCUUUGACUGCUACCAUUGGGCAGACUCGGAAGUUCAUCGUGAAGGUAUCAGACUACAAUUUGACAGGCAAAACUCAGGCUUUAACAGUGACAAAGGUGCUCCCUGUUGAAGUUCCUGAGCCUUAA